AAAACCCUAAACCAUUUCAUAAAAUCAAAAGAACUCUUUCAUCAUCUUCUUCGUCUUCAUCUUCACGCCGUCUCCUCCUCUGUUUCAGCAGAUUGGUUUCGCCGCCGCCGUCGUCUCUCUUAAACUUGUGCCACCUAACCCUCUUUCCCAGCGGUUUUGCACUGAUUUCUUACUCCUUUGUUGUGACUGCUGGAAAUCUUGUGCGAAAAUGCAAGGUUUUCGCAGAAUUAAUCAAUUGGUGCGAAGGCAAAGUCCUGAUGCACAUUUCAAAUUGAUUAGAGGUUAUCCUCUGAAUGGGGAUGCUAGCUGUAGCUGCUCGGCCCCAAUGUUGAUGGAAAACAGUUUUACUAUUCCUUGUCUUUUUGGGAAGUCAUAUGGGUCUUUGAGUGGUUCCCUCUGGAGGUCUUUCUCGUGGUCGGGCAAUCAAUAUCCGGAAGCAUUCCAGAAAAAUAUGAGCUCUCAAAUGGAAUUUGUGGCUUUGAGAAAACAUGCAUCUUCAACUUUUUCAGUAAUCCAAAGUUCUAGGCCACAUUUUUUUCAGUUGGCAGAAAUUGCAGCUCCUUUUUCUAGUAGGGGCAUUGCUACGACAAGCUCGAUGGGAUCAGCUCUACUGGGAUCCCCUGCAGUUGAUUCUGUUAUACCCCCUCGCAUCAAAUUUAAGAGACUUGAUAAAACGUCAAGACACAUAAUGCAGAUUUUAGACAAGGAAGCUGUUGAGGAGGUAAAAGCACAUAGAGAAAUUCCAGAUAUAAAGCCAGGCUAUAUUGUGCAGCUCAAAGUGGAAGUACCUGAGAACAAGCGACGUAUCUCAACAUUGAAAGGUAUCGUGAUAGCCAGACGAAAUGCCGGUCUAAACUCAACUUUUAGAAUAAGGAGGGUAGUUGCUGGUGUUGGGAUCGAAUCCCUCUUCCCUCUAUACUCACCGAACAUAAAAGAGAUUAAGGUGUUGGAGAAGAAGAAAGUGCGCAGGGCUAAGCUUUACUAUCUUAGGGACAAAAUGAACGCGCUUAAGAAGCAGUAGCAAGUUUUCUUUUCAAUGGGAUCAGAAGUGUUCCGUAACAUGGUGCGUUUAAAUCCUUUUGAGCGAAAAAUCUCACGAGCUUUCACGAUUAUUUUAUCCUGUUUUAUGCAUGGAGGGUAUAAGAAAUUAGUGGAGCUAAAAUAAGAAUAAAAAAAAUUGACUUCGCGGUGAUUGCCUCGAGUAGAAAAUGUUCUUUCUUUUAUAUGAUUAGUUGCUCAAGCAAACCGUGUCAUCAUUUAUCUUUUUGUUGGUCGGUUGCCUGAUUUUUCCCCUUCUUUGAAAUGCCAAAGAGCUUGCUGUUUGUAAUAUAUGGCUGAUGAAUAUUAUCAUCUUUCUGAAUGAAGGAUAUAUUUAUUA